CUUUCCCCCCCUUCCAGUCCGGACACUUUGUCCCCCUUCCAGUCCGGACACUUUCACCCCCUUCCAGUCCGGACACUUUCCCCCCUUCCAGUCCGGACACUUUCACCCCCUUCCAGUCCGGACACUUUCACCCCCUUCCAGUCCCCAGACACUUUCACCCCCUUCCUGUCCGGACACUUUCCCCCCAUUCCAGUCCGGACACUUUCCCCCCCUUCCAGUCCGGACACUUUCCCCCCCUUCCAGUCCGGACACUUUUCACCCCCUUCCAGUCCGGACACUUUCACCCCCUUCCAGUCCGGACACUUUCACCCCCUUCCAGUCCGGACACUUUCCCUCCCUUCCAGUCCGGACACUUUCACCCCCUUCCAGUCCGGA